AAGAACUUCCGAUACCUGACCUGAGUAGAUAAAGUUUCCAAUUAGACAUCAUCAUGCGUUCUCGCUUUCAACCUGCCCACCAUGUCAGCAUUAGGCUGUAAGGCAUAUUUGAAGGCGGAUCGGAGCACCCAACCAUAGCCUAAACGCCGCCUAAAUCCACAAAAGGUUAUCCUCAGGUGAAAUUUAAACACAAUUGACAAGUGAACGUCCAUUCCAGUUAAUCUGAAUCCUCACCUUCGGCUAAGCCCUGGGCAACAUUUCGGAAGACAGGUUUCUUUGCAAUGGCGACAAAGGUGGGGUCAGUCCGCAGCCCAAGCAAACCGUCACCAGGGCUUGAUAUCUUCAGAACUCCAGAGAAUCCGACAUUCUAUUCAGCGAAUAUGUACGAGAGUCUCGACACAAGCAAGCGGGAAUUUCGACUUAUUAAACUUUCUACGCAAACUGGCGGCGGUAUACUUGAGUGCAAGUUACUGCCUGCGAUGCCGUUAAUCGACGCACAAAAACGGUAUCUUGCUUUGUCGUAUUGCGCAGGAGACCCGACAGACACAAAGGACAUCCUCGUGAACGGAGUGAAAUGCAACAUCUUUGCCAAUUUGCAUCAUGCACUGGUACUCGCUCGUCGUUAUUGGAUUCGAUCCUCCAGGCAAAGCCCACUCCUAUGGAUUGAUCAAUUAUGUAUCAAUCAGCACGAUUUAAAAGAGAGGUCACACCAAGUCGGCUUCAUGAGGGAGAUCUACCAGUGCGCGGAACGUACACUAGCUUGCCUAUCUACAACAAAGACCAGUGGGAGGGGCCUGAAAUGGCUGAUCGACCUGUGCGACGCUGUCCCUUCUCGAGAAGACGAUGAAGCAUUCCAAUACGACAGAGAAGAAGAAUCAGACACCGAACACGAGACCGACUCAAAAGACGCUUCCCGAAAAAGUAAGGAAACGUCCAACACCUUCAACUCUGAGCGUGCUGGAGGUGACAGACAGCAACUGUUUCGCAUAAGUGACCAUCUCUGGAACAACAUGCACAUCGAGAAGUUUAUAAAUGGGUGGAUUGCAUUUUACGACGUACUAACCAGCCCAUGGUGGAAUCGAGUUUGGAUCUGCCAGGAAUUCUUAGUAUCUAGUCAGGUCAGCUUCAUGUUCGGCCACCAUUUUGUCUCAUGGGAGCUGUGCUGGAAAACCAUGCAAGCCUUUUGCAGAAUACACAGAUACACCCUAAUGAAUCGGGAUCACUUCCUGGGGCUCAAUGGCCUCUCGGUGGGCUGUCCCGAGGAUCGCCAACUUUGCCGCAUCCUCAACAUUGUUCAAGAAAGAGACCUCAAUCGUCAAGUCGGUCAUGUGGGGAUGGCCUUGAAAAUGAAGAUCCGUUGGAGUGGCAGCAUGAACAUCAAUGCUCUUUUAUCACAUUCUCGUUCUUGCAAAUCUUCCGAUGAUCGUGAUCGGGUGUACGCUAUUCUUGGGUUAGCUUCACCAGGGUAUCAGAUCUUUCCUGACUAUUCACACGAUAUGAGCGCAAGCGAGGUCAUGAUAACGACUACCAAAGCGAUAAUAGAGAAGGAAGAUAGUCUACGUAUCCUGAUUGAGGCCACGACAUUGGUUCGAUCUAAGAAUCUCGACUUGCCUUCAUGGGUUGUCGAUUGGACUAGUACUGAAGCCUCGGAUAUUCGAAAUAACCAUUUCGGGAACAGGUUCUUCCACCACAAUAGUUGCAUACCACAUGAAUCUCCAGAAUCUACUUUUGAGACUGUCAAAAACAAGAUCCAUCAGACACAAGCGCACCUUCUAAGGGUUUAUGGGACAUUCAUCACAAAAAUAUGGCUGGUUGAGAAAGGGCCGUUUGCAGCGUUCUACGGCGCCCAAGGAUGGCAAGGCAGCGCACUUGUUUCCAUCACUGAUGGUGAUGAAGUAUGGAUUUUAUACGGGCUAAGAGUGCCGAUGGUUCUGCGGCCAUAUCGUGAUGGGUAUCAGGUCGUUAGCUCUGCUUGCCUAAUGGGGCAGAAUGGUGAGGGUUUUGGGACACCCUUGAUAUCAACUGAAGUGGGGAGGGCCAAUAAGAGCCGCAUAGUAUUGUACUAGAGCAUGUCAAUAAUCAGGGGAUGAUAGUAUAGGCUCUGUUUAGAGUUAAACGUGUAAUGCAAUAUAUAAUAUGGGGAUACUUGCUCAACAGAUGUGGGGGAAAAAACUAAAGAUCUUCGACUGUGCCGACACUACCCACAAUAGUGUCUUACCUCUACCCUACCUU